AUGUACUUGGCAAUUCGGAUACGGCCCGUGUCCCAGGGAAGAGAACCAACUAAUGCCUCUAACCCGCAACAGACCUGUACACAAGACCUCCAUGCUGUGCUGAGACAGAUGAGUGCCUCGCUGGCUGAACAGACACAAGCAGAAGAGCUGAUCACCAUCAAAGCCAGGUCCAACGUGACAGAGAACCAUGUGGAGGCUCUGAGGAGAGAUGGAGAAAUCAAACAGGUGGCUUUCUCAGCCUCUCUGUUGGCUUCAGGAUCAGGGUAUGUGGGACCAUUUAACACAGACACACCUCUGAGGUUCACGCAUGUCGUCACAAACAUUGGAAGUGCCUACAACCCAAACACAGGCUUCUUCAUUGCACCGCUGAGAGGAGCCUACCACUUUGAGUUCUACAUAGGUGCCCAUGGAGAUGCUUCCCAUGCCACAUGUGCUGUGUUGGUGAAGAAUGGAGAGCAGGUUUUUAUGGCAUGGGAGCAGCAACCUUCUUAUUAUGGUAGUUCUUCUAAUGGAGUCACUCUGCUUCUAGCGGUUGGAGAGGUUGUGUUUUUACGUCUGUGCGUUAACACAAGGAUAUAUGACAAUGAAAAUCACCUUAGCACCUUCAGUGGUCACCUGCUUUUUACCAUGUGA